AAUUAUAUGGACAGUGAUGCUGCCUCUACAGUAUCAUCAUUAUCACCAAGGAUAUCAAAUUCAGAUGGGGAUAUUGAAAUUAUAUUUUUUUCAAAAGAAGAGCAAAAAGUUCAAGACUCUUUAGAUGAAUUACAAGCAAAAUUCUCUCACAUCAUGACAGAAAUAAAAUCAGUUAUUCGUAUGAAAGUAACUAAUAAUAAUGAACUCCCGACUAAAAUAUCCAAUUGGGUAGAGAGUCACCUUCAUUUGGAGCCUGGCACAGUGCAUAAUGAUUUAGAUGACAUUUUCAAAAAGAUGUAUCUUUAUUAUGAUUUCAGUGAUUGUAGCUUGAUAGUUGCUAUGUGUGAUGAGUUUAUAAGCAAUGAGAAAGAUCUACUUGAUGAACUGAAGGCUUAUUCAUUUAAAAGCUAAUGCAUUUCGUUCAUCAGAGCCAAUUACAGAACUCAAACAAAAGCUACGGAAAGUGUAUAAACCUUAUAGAAGACAAUUGGAGAACAUGCCAUUGAUAUGUAUUGAACUUCAAAAUCAUUGGGAUAAAGUUAAAAUCAAUACAUUAAAAACUCUUAUCAAAAGUUUACUUCCAGAAGAACUUAGACAAUCAGUAAUGAAGUGCAUUACUAUUGAGGAAGGAUCUGUCAUCAUCAAGUUACAUAUUCUUAAUUCUACAGCUGAUAGUUUAAUACAAUAUAACAGAAGAAAAUUAGAGUUUAUACGUCUUAUUGGUAUAUUUAGUUUAUACAUCAAUGAUCAUCCUGUCCU